UAUUUACUGCUUUGCCCCUCUCUCUCUUUCCUCUCUACUCCACCCAAAACCAAAACCCAGGUCACUGAAGAAAAAUGGAGGCAACCUCCGUCGCUCUCUCUUUAUACCCACCAAAAUCACAGCGGCCCAAGUCAUUGAAGAGAUUUCGAGCGCUUAAGGUCUCAUGUGAUCAUUCUUCCAUCGAAUUUUGUUUCUUGAAGGUGAGGACUGUUAGUUAUCGACCUCCCGGAACUGAGCACAACCUUUUGAAUGAAGUUUGUUUCUCCCUUCCACAGAAAAGCUUUGGCUUGAUAUUUGGACGAAGUGGAAGUGGGAAAACUACUCUAUUACAGCUUCUUGCUGGGUUUUCAAAACCUACCUCAGGAUCAGUUUGUGUUCAGAAGUAUGGAAAUGAUGGAAAACCAAAUAGGUUGCCUGAAAUACUGACACCAGAAAAGGUUGGCAUUGUAUUCCAGUUUCCUGAGAGAUUUUUUCUUGCAGAUACUGUUAUUGAGGAAAUUACUUUUGGGUGGCCACGACAGAAAGCAGAUAAUGCAAUGAGGGAGCAACUCGGUUUGAGACUUCAAUAUGCAAUUAAUGCGGUUGGUUUAAAUACUAUCCCUUUAGAUGAAGACCCACAUUCUCUUAGCGGUGGCUUCAAGAGACGCCUUGCCUUGGCAAUUCAAUUGGUUAAUAAACCAGACCUCUUGCUAUUAGACGAGCCUCUAGCAGGCCUUGAUUGGAAAGCUCGUGCGGAUGUUGUGAAGUUGCUUAAGCACCUAAAGAAAGAGCUAACUUUACUUGUCGUCAGCCAUGAUCUCAGGGAACUGUCAGGUCUUGUAGAUGUAUCAUGGAGGAUGGAAAUGGGUGGAAGACUAAAGGAAGAGCCCCUACCGGUAUAAUAACAUUAGUUCUUCCUGCAUAUUUGUAAGGCAUAUGACAAUGUUUUCAUAAAUAACGGAGGUCAAGUUUUCCGCUGUUGGUGGAUACAUCCUAGAAGUAUUAAGGAUUGCAUGCCGUUGUUGCAGUUUAGAGAAGUAAAAUAAGGAUUCCAUAGAUGAUUCAUUGCUCAAGGGAACAAUGAUGAGCAUAUAGUUUGAUCUUUGAUUAUGUAUGUCAUUUUAUGUAAUUUUUUUAACAGUGUAUGCUUUCAAUAACUGUGCAGAUAAAAGGCAUAAUUCUCAAGCUUGCAGGGAUCUUUUGAGUGUCAAUACAUAAUUCGAAGGAAAUAGCAUUUACUUU